AUGCCGUCGAGGAAGCUCCACCAGCUACCGGCGGCGUCGCAGCCGCCGGAUCUCGGGCUGCCAGAUCCUGCUGCGGCGGCGAAGUUGGAGGAACACGGAGGGAACCGCCGCGUCGGCGUCGUUCCGGCGGUGCUCGCGACGUCUCUGUUCGUCAUCCUGGUCAUCUUGGCUGCUGCGGCCUUUGCGGUUUACCGUGUUAACCGCCGGCGGAGAUCGGUGCUGGCGGCGCCGGCGGAUUUGACGGGACUUGUGGUGGGGAAGGGGGAUCGGGAUGGGGAGGAGGAGAUCUCGAGUUCGUUGCCUCCUCCUCCGCCGCCGCCAAGGGAGCCGCAUCGGUUCUCGUAUGAGGAGCUGCUUUGUGCUACGGCAUCUUUCGCGCCAGCUAACAAGCUCGGUCAGGGCGGCUUCGGCCCCGUCUUCCGCGGCGUCCUCGACGACGGCCGGGAGGUUGCCGUGAAGGUGAUGGACGACGGGUCUCUCCAGGGGGAGCGGGAGUUCCGCAACGAACUGUCCCUGGCGACCUCCAUGAUGCAGGGUGCUGAUAUAUGCGGGGAUCCCUCGCGGUUCGUGGUCUCCUGCAUCGGCUUCUGCUCCGAUGAUGAUGACGCCAGCACAGUCGGUGGCGAUGGGAAGGAGAGGAGAAGCAAGAAAAAGAAGAAAAAGAAGAAGAAGAAGAAAAAGAAGGGGUUGAAGCUGGCCGCGGAGGAGGACAAGUGGGGAAUCCGGAGGGGGAGGCGGCGGGGCCGGAGCAUCAGCAGCGCCUUUACGGAGGAGGAUGAGGAGGGCGACGCUAGUUGCUGCGAGGACGAGCAGAGGGGCCGGCGUCUGCUGCUGGUCUACGAGCUGAUGCUCAACGGAAGCCUCCAGGAUGCGCUCCUAGACCGCAAGUGUCCGGAGCUUAUGGCAUGGGAACAGCGGUUCUCGAUUGCUCUGGACGUUGCCAGGGGGAUCGAGUUCUUGCACGACGCCUGUGACCCACCGGUGGUUCACGGUGACGUCAAGCCAAGUAAUAUCCUUCUGGAUGCGCAUUUCUCUGCCAAGAUCGCUGACUUCGGCCUAGCCAGAAUCCUCUUCCCCACCGUUAUUCCUGCUCUUGGAGAUGACGCUUCUGUAGCCAUCGCUGAUGAUCUCUCGACAACUGCUGCAGAGACUGAGAGUACCUGCACAACUGCCUUGGAUGAAACGAAUCAUUACCUGAAUAUUCCGGCGGGCAUGCCGAGGAAUAUUAGUCGCGGUGCCAAUGGGACAGUCUCUGCUGCCCCCAAAGAGUUUCCAGAUGAGUUAGAGGCUGAGAUAGGUAGUUCAAUGCGGCUGACGGAAGAAGCAGAUGAUGCGUCGCCAAUCACUACGACUGUUGCACGUACCUUGGAGGCUGGUUCCGCUUCAGAGGUCGGAGGAGCCUAUGACAAAAUGAGUGUGGACAGUGGUGUCGAAUUGCUGACUGCUGGUGGUAGGCGGUGGUGGAAGAAGAACGGAAGUGAGGCCCAUAGUAGGGAUUGGCGGGGGCGGCAGGAUCCUCUUGCUAGCACUUUAGAGAGGCCUGACAUUGUUGGAAGACCGACCGUCAAGGAGUAUGUCAUGGAGUGGAUCGGAACAGAACUGAGGAAGGAGAGACCAAAGGGCAGUUGGGCAGACCCAAGUACUUCAAAUUUAGACGGUGGCCAAGUGUUACCUCCAAAACAAUCUGACCACAAGAAGCAUCAGAAGCGUUUGGAUUGGUGGGCCUCCCUGGAUGACCGCUGGCUGUGGAGGAAGGGUAAGAGCCGACCAGCAAGGGAGUGGUGGCGGGAAGAGUUCUGUGAGGAGCUAACCAGAAAGAACAUCAAGAAGAAACAGAGUGCAACAAGGUCCAGUGCUAGCAAUACUCGUGCAGGGAAAGAGAAGCAGUGGUGGGAGAGGGAUGAUGAUGUGGAAGAGCCUUCAUUUAGGAGGAAGAGCAGAAAGGCAUGGAGCCGUGGCAGUAGGUCCAGCAUGGACAGGUGGACUGAUGGCCUGAGUGGAGAGCUGAAGAUGGCUGGACGGCGGAACAGCCAUGACUGGGCAGGUGGGGAUGUCCCCAAAAGUGGGGACGUUCCCAAGAGUGGUGGUGUGAGCAGCACGCCAAGCAUGAGGGGUACUGUUUGCUAUGCAGCUCCAGAGUAUGGGGGUGGAGGUCUUCUCUCUGAGAAAUGUGACAUCUAUAGCUUUGGUGUCCUCCUCUUGGUCCUCAUCUCUGGACGGCGGCCACUUCAGGUGACCGCAUCACCCAUGUCAGAGUUUGAGCGUGCCAACCUCAUCUCAUGGGCACGAAAUCUUGCUUAUGCGGGGAAACUUUUGGACCUUAUUGAUACUUCACUGCACUCUGUAGACAGAGAUCAGGCCCUCCUGUGCAUCACCAUUGCUCUCCUCUGCCUCCAGCGAUCUCCAGCCCGCAGGCCAAUGAUCAAGGAGGUUGUGAGUAUGCUCUCUGGUGAGUCAGAGCCUCCUCACUUGCCCCUAGAGUUCUCACCAUCACCUCCGUCUGGUUUCCCAUUUAAGUCUCGGAGGAAGGCUCGGUGA